AUGAAGGCGGGGGCUGCAGGGACUGGACAGGGCCAGGAAAGUCCCCUUCCCUUUGUGGUGUCUCCCUGCAGCGCCCCGCUCACCUACAAAGAUGGCACAUCCCUGGCCCUGAGCUGUAUAGCUGACUACGGGGCCCCUGUCUUCCCUUACCUCGCUGUGGGGGGGUACAAAGGAAAGGACUACUCUGAGGCGGAGGCCCUGAUCAUGACCUUCUCCCUCAACAACUAUGCUGCUGGGGACCCCCGCCUGGCCCAGGCCAAGCUCUGGGAGGGGGCCUUCUUGGAGGAGAUGCAAGCCUUCCAGCAGAGGACGGCCGGCAUGUUCCAGGUCGCAUUCAUGGCUGAGCGCUCUCUGGAGGAUGAGAUCAACCGUACUACGGCUGAGGACCUGCCCAUCUUUGCCGUCAGCUACAUUGUCAUCUUCCUGUACAUCUCCCUGGCCCUAGGCAGCUACUCCAGCUGUAGCCGUGUGCUGGUGGACUCCAAGGCCACGCUGGGCCUAGGCGGGGUGGCCAUGGUGCUGGGAGCAGUCAUGGCUGCCAUGGGCUUCUUCUCUUACCUGGGUGUCCCCUCCUCCUUGAUCAUCCUCCAAGUGGUUCCUUUCCUGGUGCUUGCUGUGGGGGCCGACAACAUCUUCAUCUUUGUUCUUGAGUACCAGAGGAUGCCUCGGAGGCCUGGGGAGCAGCGGGAGGCACACAUUGGCCGAGCCCUGAGCAGAGUGGCCCCCAGCAUGCUGCUGUGCAGCCUCUCAGAGGCCAUCUGCUUCUUCCUAGGAGCCCUGACCCCCAUGCCGGCUGUGCGGACCUUCGCCCUGACAUCUGGCCUUGCGGUGAUCCUCAACUUCCUGUUGCAGAUGUCAGCCUUUGUGGCCCUACUCUCCCUGGACAGCAAGAGGCAGGAGGCCUCCCAGCAGGAUGUCUGCUGCUGCUUCAGGCACCGGGACCUGCCCCCGCCUGGCCAAAGCGAGGGGCUCCUGCUCCGCUUCUUCCACAAGGUCUACGCCCCCUUCCUGCUGCACUGGCUCACCCGCAGGGUCGUGCCAUUCCUGUUUCUGGCCCUGUUUGGAGUGAGUCUCUACUUCAUGUGCCAGAUUAGUGUGGGGCUGGACCAGGAGCUGGCACUGCCCAAGGACUCGUACCUGCUCGACUAUUUCGUCUUCCUGAACCACUACUUUGAGGUAGGGGCCCCAGUGUACUUUGUCACCACCUCGGGCUACAACUUCUCCAGUGAGGCAGGCAUGAAUGCCAUCUGCUCCAGUGCAGGCUGCAAUAACUACUCCUUAACCCAGAAGAUCCAGUAUGCCACUGAGUUUCCUGAGGAGUCCUACCUGGCCAUCCCCGCCUCCUCCUGGGUGGAUGACUUCAUUGACUGGCUGACCCCAUCCUCCUGCUGCCGCCUUUACACCUCUGGCCCCAAUAAGGAUGAGUUCUGCCCUUCGACCGUCAGCUUCUUCAACUGCUUAAAGUACUGCAUGAGCUACACAGCCAACCCUGUGCGACCCUCAGUGGAGCAGUUCCACAAGUAUCUUCCCUGGUUCCUGAGCGACCCACCCAACAUCAACUGUCCCAAAGGUGGCCUGGCAGCAUACAACACCUCUGUGGAUUUGGGCACAGAUGGCCAGGUUUUAGCUUCCCGGUUCAUGGCUUACCACACGCCCCUGAAGAACUCACAGGAUUACACGAAAGCUCUGCGGGCAGCUCGGGAGCUGGCAACCAACAUCACUGCUGACCUGAGGAAGGUGCCGGGGACAGACCCGGCCUUUGAGGUCUUCCCCUACACGAUCUCUAACGUAUUCUACGAGCAGUACCUGACCGUGCUCCCCGAGGGGCUCUUCACGCUCAGCCUCUGCCUCGUGCCCACCUUCGCCGUCUGCUGCCUCCUGCUGGGCAUGGACCUGCGCUCUGGCCUCCUCAACCUCAUCUCCAUCGUCAUGAUACUUGUGGACACCGUUGGCUUCAUGGCCCUGGCGGGCAUCAGUUACAAUGCCGUGUCCCUCAUCAACCUGGUCUCGGCGGUGGGCAUGUCUGUGGAGUUUGUGUCCCACAUCACCCGCUCCUUUGCCAUCAGCACCAAGCCCACUCGGCUGGAGAGGGCCAAGGAAGCCACCAUCUCCAUGGGUAGUGCUGUAUUCGCGGGGGUGGCCAUGACCAACCUGCCCGGCAUCCUUGUCCUGGGCCUUGCCAAGGCCCAGCUUAUUCAGAUCUUCUUCUUCCGCCUCAACCUCCUGAUCACCCUGCUGGGCCUGCUGCACGGCCUGGUCUUCCUGCCAGUCAUUCUCAGCUACCUGGGGCCUGAUGUCAACCCAGCUCUGAUGCUGGAGGUGAAGUGGGCAGAGGAGGCGACAGCGGCCAGGGCAGCCUCCUGCUUGAAGCACCCCUCCCCGUCCUGCACAACCAACACCUAUGUCAACCACGGCUUUGACCAUCCUGUCAAGGGCGCUGGUGCCAUCAGUGGCUCUUUGCCCAACAAUGGGAAGGAGCUCUGAUGAAGCCAGAGCCCCCGUUCAGGCUCUGUGGCCCUGAACACAGAGGCCAUGAGGGUCUUCCCUGUAGCUGUGCCUUGACCCACCCCCUCCUCAGGGCCUGAAGGAGACUGUUCCCAUGAGACUACCUGGCACUGGAGGAUGGCACACCCUCUGGCCACAAGGCAUCCAGGCAGCACCACCCGUAGCUUCCCCGGUUUCCAAGUCACUCGGACCUCAUCAGCUUGAGCUUGCUUCUGCUUCUGGGCUCUGGAUCUCAGAGCUGCCAGGAACAGACACACUCUGCACUGGUCCCAGACUCCGGCUCUUCCUUGAUGCCUGCUUCUCAUCUCACUUUUCCCUUCUCCUGUCAAAAAAGUCUCAAUUCCAUGUCCAUAAGUCCUUAACACUCACCAGUGUCCCUGAGAACAGAGAGUGACCCCCAUCCUGGCUGUGAUCCUGCAGGAAACCAAGGAGAGGCAGAGGCUCAGGCCAGAGCCAGGGCUGGGAGGCUAGCUAACAGCCACCCCAUCCAGGGUGCACCUGCAGAUCUGUCAUCUCCAGUCCUCUCUGGUGAGGGAAGGCCCUGGGAGGAUGUCCUCAUAAAUACUCUGGUCAUGAUUGGCCUCACCUGGAAAGUGGUAUUUGGUUUGGUCUCUAGCUCCAUCAAUUACUAAGGCUGUUGCUGCUAAACAAACCACUUGCAUGUCUGAAGGCUGGGAGCCCUCGGGGUCAGGCCGGGCCUCCCACCUCCAUCUCAUGCAUGGAGCACUGGUCUGUUAGCCUUAAACCAGCCCAACCUGAGCCUCUGUAGAGAACUCUCCAGAAGCCUAAACUCUCCAGAGGAGAGGAAGAAGCCUUGCUCUGGGAUGUGCACUUGGGUGCCUAAUAAAUAUCUGUUGAGCAGAAA